AUGUCGGACACGGUAACAAUUGAUUAUACGCAAAUCACGAUUCUUCUCGUGGUUUCGACGGUAUUAACAUGCAUAUCGACCAUCGUGGUAACGGGAAGAUCAUGGAUUCGAUUCGGCAUGAUAAAAAAGGGAGGAUGGGAUGAUUACAUGUCUAUUGGCGCUUUGAUUUGCAUCAUCGGUUACCUCGCAUGUCUCUACCUGGGAAAAACGAACGGAAUGGGAUCGCCUAUGUCAACCCUAUCAAUUGUUGAGAUGGAGACACUACUUCAAAUAACAUUCGCUAUCGAAAUCGUAUACUACUCGGUCUUAACUUGCAUUAAGAUGUCGAUCGUCUUUAUGUAUGCUCGAUUUGCCGUAUCGACGACAUUCAAGAAGCUAUGCAUGGCCACCAACACUCUCCUCGUCGUGUUCUUCAUCGUCUGUAUCGGUGUCGUUGUCGGGCAAUGCCGGCCGCUAGAAAAAGCAUGGGAUGUUACAAGACUGGUAGAAGGUAGCUGUAUCGACACUACGGCAUUCUUCUACUUUACUUCCAUAUUCGGAAUUCUUCUUGAUGUUUGGAUCAUUGUGCUACCGAUCCCAACUCUAAAGCACCUGCAGAUAUCGACUCGCAGUAGACAUGUCUUGUAUGGUGUGUUCGGUGUUGGUGCACUUGCGACCGCUUUCUCCUGUGCUCGACUCUACUCAAUCCACACCUACACGUUGGCCGCAGACCCCUUCCGUGAUAGUAUUCUUGUCAAUGUUUGGUCUAUGGUGGAAAUCAACGUUGCGAUAUGGUGCGCCUGCGCUCCGGCGCUAAAGCCGAUAUUUUCUCCCCAACGUUUUCUCGACAGCGGAAAGACAUCAAGCCGCAACUACCACAGUUUAAACCAUCCCGGUAUUUCGAAGAAGGGCAUUGACGGUUCGACUUCGCAAUCGCAUAUCAUCCCACUAUCCAGCGGUAACCACUCGACUUCGCCGAGAGGAUCUUCACAAGGUCCGGAAGAUAUCGAACUUGAACGCCCUCGACAAGUUCAUGUAUAA